AUGGCUAUCCUGACUACGCCGCCACCGGUAACAUCAGUUGAUUGGACCAAUUUAGAGUCAAUUGUGGUGGAAGGCAAUGGUCAUAUCGAGUCGCGCUACAAUGCUGAGACCGAUGAGUGGUCAAUUCCACGAUUUGUCCAUGGUCACAAUUUACGGAGUAAUGAGCUCGAGCCGUUGUUGAGCUAUGGUCAGCAAGCUUAUGAAGGCAUCAAAGCUUGUCGGGACCCUCAUGGAACAAUCCGAAUAUUUCGACCGGAAUUUCAUGCCGAUCGGUUCCAGCAUACAUGUUGCAUCAUGUCAGUUCCAUCCAUGUCGCAGGAUCAUUUCACUCGUUGCGUCGAACUGGCUGUCUCUCGGAAUGCCGAGUACGUUCCCCCGCACGACAGCGACGCGAUGCUGUAUAUCAGACCCACCGUUUUCGGCCCUGUCAGUCAUAGCAGCAGCAGCAGGUCAUCCGAUUUCCUGUUAAGUGUGGCGGUUUGCGCCGGAAGAGAUUGUUAUCUCACUCGGCCAUUAGAUGCCUUGGUCAUGGACGAGCUCAACGGAGCCACACCUCACAAUGCCAGCCCGGUCAAUAGUGAGGAGCAAAUACGAACAAAGAAAUAUGGGCUCACGCUGCAUGUAGAUGGUCGGACGCACACAGAGAUCAUAGGAUUCACACGCGCAUCAUUCAUUGGCAUCAUGGGCGGGAAAGGGGAUGGAAACAUUCGUGUCGUUCUCCCGGAACACUGCAAUAUUCUGGACAAUGCUACCAACAACAGCUGUGUUACCAUCGCACGGUCUCUUGGUUGGGUUGUAGAGAAGCGUGGAAUCCACGUCGCGUCGUUAUCGGAAUUCAGCGAAGUCCUUGCGGUCGGAGACACCGCCGACCUGACCCCAGUCAAGUCAAUCACUCAUCUUCACGAUAACAGUCGAGUUCAGGUCACGUAUGACGCGACUGCUGAGGGUAAGCCGGGGCCUGUCGCGACAGAGCUGUGUCAACGUCUGAAGGACAUAAAGAAAGGAAGAGCGCCCGAUGACUUUGGAUGGUGUUACAAGGUGCAGUUAUUGUAG